AGUCACGGGGCUCCGUACACAGUCACCCCAACAAGAGGCGUGUGUGUGAGCCCUGCCGGUGACCGACGAAUGGCCCUCCAAACUACUCCCAACUGUAGCUUCUGUUCCGGGUAGAUGGUUCAGGUGAACGACGCACUCCGACUGCCCUGCCCCGCGUGAGUGAGACCUGGGAUCACGUAGUCUUGGGACUUGGAUAUCUCCAAUAUGGCGAGAGGAAGACAACGUCCCGAUCUCGAUCGGAGUGCUGUUAAUUUGUUUGUGAAAUACCUCCUGUUCUUCGUCAACUUUGUGUUCAUCCUGGUGGGUCUGAGUUUGGCCAUCGUGGGAGCCUAUGUGCUGUAUCUGAAGGAGAAGACGGUGCGGACUCCCAUCGACUUCUUCUUCGACCCGUCAUGUCUCAUGUGUCUGGCUGGUUGCAUUGCCUUCGUGCUCGCCCUCUCCGGCUGUGCAGGCUCCCUCAGGGAGAACACGACCUUACUUAAAAUUUAUUACUACCUAGUGGGGUUGUUUCUGUUCCUGGAGCUCGCCCUCAUCAUCUUCGUCUUCGUGUUCUACUACGUCCCCGACGCCAGGACGACGCUCAAACUCUACCCUGAGGAUAUUCUCAAGGAAGCCAUCGUCAAGUAUAGAGAUGACGACGAUAUGAAGAAUCUCAUUGACGUCAUGCAGCAGACGUUAUAUUGUUGCGGGUUAAGCAACGACGACAAAGGUUACCUGGACUGGAACCUCAACGUCUACUUCAACUGCAGCGCCAGCAACCAAAGCCCAGAGAGUUGUGCUGUACCCUUCUCCUGCUGUAACAUCAAAUCGGGUGAUAAAAUAAACAUUUUGUGCGGUGGCGGAGCCCUUAAAGAAUUAGAUGCGUCGGCACAGCUGUCGGCCCGGAUAUAUGCAGGGAUGUUUGAAGGGGCUUCAGUCAUUCCUGAUGUGUGUUUGUCGUUGCAGGCGUCAUCGCACAGCUAUCAUCAUCUUGUAUAG